AUGGCGGUCGGAGAGGCCCGUGUGCCGCUGUUACAUGAAGAAAGAAGGGGACACCAUGAGCCUCGUCGCCUCACGGGCGCGUCCUUGGUCGUCACUUCACUGGCCGCUGGGGCCGCCGCUGGAGCCCUGGCCAAAACAGUCAUUGCUCCCUUAGAUAGGACUAAGAUCAACUUCCAGACCUCUGAGAUUCCGUACUCCUGGCGCGCAGCCGUCCGUUUUAUAACUCAUAGCGCCCGCACUGAAGGCGUGGCGGCGUUAUGGAGAGGAAACAGCGCGACCAUGGCUCGUAUUGUUCCGUACGCAGCAAUACAGUUCACAGCGCACGAGCAAUGGAAGACGCUGUUGAAAGUUGACUCGCCAGAAACAGCUCAGGCAUCUCCUCUCCGCUUGUUAUUGGCGGGAUCUCUAGCGGGUGUCACAUCGCAGAGCGCCACCUACCCUCUCGACCUGGCCCGAGCUCGUAUGGCCGUUAGUUCCUGUAAGGAGUACACUUCAUUAAGACAAGUCUUCGUGAGGGUAAUCAGUGAAGAGGGAAUCAGGACUUUAUACAGAGGCUACCCAGCGACUGUUCUUGGAGUGGUUCCGUACGCGGGCGUGUCUUUCUUCACAUUUGACUCACUGAGACACUGGUACUUGGAGCGCACGGGCUCGUCUCCAAGCGGCGUGUCCAACAUGUUGUUCGGUGGCGUGGCGGGUGCUCUCGCCCAGACCGCGUCCUACCCGCUCGACAUCGUGAGGAGACGCAUGCAGACCGCGCACCGCCGGCCAGACGCCACCUACCCUCACCCUACUAUACUGGCCACGCUUACAUCUGUAUACAGGUCUGAAGGUUGGCGAGGUUUCUUCAAGGGUCUGAGCAUGAACUGGAUCAAGGGCCCCAUAGCUGUCGGCAUCUCCUUCGCUACAUACGACGCGAUCAAAUCAACAUUGAGAGAUAUAUCACUCACACUACUUACUUAA